AUUUUAUGACAUAUUCAUUCUUAGUUUCAUAUACAGAAGAAAAACAGAAAACAAAACAUAUAGAAAAAUGGGUGAAAUUUUGAACGUGGUAUGCAUAAUGAUGAUGAUCAUAGCGGUGUUUGUUAUUGGAGGUGAAGCAAAAUCGGAGGCAGAAUGCAAUGUCAUUUGCCGUCCUCACUGCAAACCUUCAUCAUCAGCAGGAGAAUGUUCUGACUGUCACAAAGAUUGUAACCAAUCUCCACCAUCUGUGAGGACAAAGAUUCUGAAGAUUCAAAACAGCAACAAACAAUAUGAUUUACAUAACUAAUCUAUAACAUAUGCAAUUAUUAUAUUGAUGAAGAUUUAAUCCAGAUGUAUUAUUUCAAAAUUUCUGUAUUUUAUCCUUAUAAAUAAGAUUAUAAUUUUUAUUACU